AUGGAACGUAUUCUCGACCGCAGCCUUGACGAGAUCCUUGCCGACCGCAAGCAGAACAACAGAGGAGGCAAUCGGGGAAACCGCGGCGGCAACAGCAGCAAUUCCCGGGACGGUCGUCCCCGUAGGCGCGACAACAACAACAACAACAACAACAACAACGACAAUCGGUCGGAUUAUCCCAGGGAUGGCGUAAGAAAGUCCUUCAGAGACGAAGCGCCUCGCAACCUCGACACCGAAUGGGUUCAUGACAGAUAUGAGGAUCAUGGGAGCCGCCGAUCUGCUCCGAGAAGACGAAACUCGAACGAGUACUCUGGCGACUCGAGAGGCAGCAAGGUCCGUGUGGAUAAUAUCCACUAUGAGUUGACGCAAGAGGAGUUGGAGGGACUCUUUUCCAGCAUUGGCCCUCUCGUCAAGUUGGAGAUGAAGUAUGACCGCGCCGGCCGCUCAGAGGGUACAGCGUUUGUCACGUACCAGUCAUCCCACGACGCUGCACAGGCAAUCAAGGAGUUUGACGGUGCCAACGCUGCCGGCCAGCCAAUCCGCCUUACCAUGAUGCCUACGGGCCCAAGGCGCAACCCAUUUGAUACUGCGAUCAACCCUCGCCCGCUUGCCGAGCGUAUCACGGUCCCGAGCGGCAGAUCCCGCUCGCUUUCGCCCCAUCGCCAGUCUGAUGAGGAGGCCGCUCGCAAGGGCAUCGACAGAUACCGACCUGGCGCCAGUCGUUCGCGCAGCCCUAUGCCCCCGAGACGUCGUGAAGGAGGUGGAGGUGGCCGGAGACAGGGCGGGGGUGGCCGUCGGGAGCGUGGAGGUGGUAGACGUGACGACGGCGGGCGUGGCGGUGGUGAGAAGUCUGAGAGACGUCCAAAGAAGACCCAAGAGGAAUUGGACGCCGAGAUGGAGGAUUACUUUGGCGGUGGUGGUGCUCAGCAGAACGAUGCGGCUCCUGCUGCGAAUGGUGCGGCGGCUCAGCAGCAGACUGACGGGGACAUUGACAUGAUUGAGUAG